AUGGCAACUACUAUUUCCUACGGCGAAAAAAACUCUGGAUUUCAGGCAGGGGUUAUACAUGGGAAUGUCGGGAAUGUCACUAUUGUACAAUCCGAAACGCUGAAUCAAGAAUGCCUUCGCGACUUACGUGCGACCAAUCCUGUCGAUGAUAAAGAACGUAUCGAGAAUACCAAGGGCGGACUAUUCAAAGACUCAUAUCGCUGGAUUCUAGACAACAAAGAAUUCAAACAAUGGCAAGAUAGCGAGAAAAAUCGCCUUCUCUGGAUCAGGGGUGAUCCUGGUAAAGGCAAGACGAUGCUCCUAUGUGGUGUCAUCGAAGAGUUGACGAGAUUGUAUGGAGAUAAUGCGAGCAUCUCGUUCUUUUUCUGUCAGGCUACCGACAUGCGGAUCAACAGCGCUACGUCGGUCCUAAGGGGGUUGAUAUAUUUACUUGUCAAGAAUCAUUCAUCUCUUCUCCACCAUGUGCGAGCUCGGUACGACUAUGCAGGAAAGACUCUCUUUGAGGAUGUCAAUGCAUGGAAUGCACUGUCAACAAUCUUCAGGGACAUUUUAAACGACCCGACACUGCAGACGACUUAUUUGAUAAUUGAUGCUUUAGAUGAGUGCACUAAUGGGCUCCGUUUCCUUCUAGACUUAAUUGUCCAGGAAUCGUCAGUCAAUCCACAGAUAAAGUGGAUUGUUUCCAGCCGCAACUGGCCUGAAAUCGCUGAGCGGCUUGACAUUGCUACCCAGCUAGCUCCGAUCUCAUUAGAGCUGAACGAGGCGUCUGUGUCUGAAGCAGUGGAUCAAUUUAUUCAGCAUAAAGUUGAUGAAUUGGCAAAAGCGAAAAAGUACAGCGAUAAAACUCGCCAUAGCGUUCAAUCCUAUCUAUCGUCAAACUCGCAAGGUACUUUCCUCUGGGUAGCCUUGGUGUGUCAGAAUCUUGAAAAGAUACGAAUAAAUGUACUCAAGAAGCUAAAAUCAUUUCCUCCUGGGUUGGAGGCUCUAUAUGGUCGAAUGAUUGGCCAGGUUCGCGAAUCUGAAGAUGCCGAGCUCUGCAAGGAGAUACUGGCAAUCAUGUCAACAGUUUUUCGGCCUAUUACACUUCACGAACUGACUUCAUUCAUUGAACUACUGGACAACGACGACUACGAUGAUCUUGUUGCCCUUGAAGAGAUAAUCGCAAUCUGUGGAUCCUUUUUAACGUUACGGCAACAUACUAUUGUCUUUGUUCAUCAGUCUGCAAAGGAAUUUUUACUCAAGGAAGCACUCAGUGAGAUACUUCCUAGGGGUAUAGAGGCUGAACACGACAUGAUAUUUAUACGAUCUCUCGACGUUAUUUUGAAGACACUUCAACGGGAUAUCUGGAAUAUCAAAUUACCUGGACUCCACACGAAGGAUAUCUGCAAGCCUAGCCCAAAUCCACUAGCAGCGGUAGAAUACUCAUGUGUCUACUGGAUAGACCAUCUUGAAGCUAGCCUGCUUAAUGGAGCCUGUGAGCUGGGAGUUGAUGACAGAGGUCGCGUGGAUACCUUUCUGCAGCAAAAAUUCCUCCACUGGCUGGAAGCUCUUAGUAUUUUGAGAUGUGUUUCGGAUGGUAUCCAAGUGAUGCGAAAGCUCGAGAUUUUUAUUGAGAAGGAGGGUCCAGAUUGGGUUUUGAAUAACCCAGUAGUAGAGGAGAAUUGGAGUGCCUGCCUUCAAACUCUCGAGGGCCAUAGUUAUGAGAUCAGGUCGAUUGCCUGGUCGCCCGAUGGAAGCCGACUUGCAUCAGGCUCGGCGGAUAAGACAGUCAGAAUCUGGGAUCCAGCUACAGGCCAGAGUGUGUCCAUUCUCGAAGGACAUACUGAUUGGGUCAACUCUAUUGCCUGGUCGCCAGAUGGAAGCCGACUUGUAUCAGGGUCGGGGGAUAAGACAGUCAGGAUCUGGGAUCCAGCCACAGGCCAGAGUGUGUCCACUCUCAAUUGUUAUAGCAGGUCGGCCUUCUCUGCGGUCUACUCUAUUGCCUGGUCUCCAGAUGGAAGCCGACUUGCAUCAGGGUCGGGGGAUAACAUAGUCCAGAUCUGGGAUCUAGCCACUGGUCAGAGUAUGUCUAUUCUCGAAGGACAUACUAAAUGGGUCAACACUAUUGCCUGGUCGCCAGAUGGAAGCCGACUUGCAUCAGGGUCGGGGGAUAAGACAGUCAGGAUCUGGGAUCCAGCCACAGGCCAGAGUGUGUCUACUCUCAAUGGUCAUAGCAGGUCGGCCUUCUCUGCGGUCUACUCUAUUGCCUGGUCUCCAGAUGGAAGCCGACUUGCAUCAGGGUCAGGGGAUAACAUAGUCAGGAUCUGGGAUCCAGCCACUGGUCAGAACAUGUCUAUUCUCGAAGGACAUACUUAUUCAGUCUACUCUAUUGCCUGGUCGCCAGAUGGAAGCCGACUUGUAUCAGGGUCAGAGGAUAAGACAGUCAGAAUCUGGGAUCCAGCCACAGGCCAGAGUGUAUCCAUUCUCGAAGGACAUACUGAUUGGGUCAACUCUAUUUUCUGGUCGCCAGAUGGAAGCCGACUUGCAUCAGGGUCAGAGGAUAAGACAGUCAGAAUCUGGGAUCCAGCCACAGGCCAGAGCAUGUCCACUCUCGAGGGCCAUAGUCUUGAGAUCAGAUCGAUUACCUGGUCGCCUGAUGGAAGCCGACUUGCAUCAGGAUCAGAGGAUAAGACAGUCAGAAUCUGGGAUCCAGCCACAGGCCAGAGUGUGUCUAUUCUCGAAGGACAUAAUAAUUGGGUCAACACUAUUGCCUGGUCGCCAGAUGGAAGCCAACUUGCAUCAGGGUCGGGGGAUAAGAUAGUCAGGAUCUGGGAUCCUGUCACAGGCCAGAGCAUGUCUACUCUCGAGGGCCAUAGUUAUGAGAUCAGGUCGAUUGCCUGGUCACCCGAUAGAAGCCGACUUGCAUCAGGAUCAGAGGAUAAGACAGUCAGAAUCUGGAAUCCAGCCACAGGCCAGAGUGUGUCCAUUCUCGAAGGACAUAAUAAUUGGGUCAACACUAUUGCCUGGUCGCCAGAUGGAAGCCGUCUUGCAUCAGGGUCAGGGGAUAAGACAGUCAGGAUCUGGGAUCCAGCCACAGGCCAGAGUAUGUCCAUUCUCAAAGGACAUACUUAUUCGGUCUACUCUAUUGCCUGGUCGCCAGAUGGAAGCCAACUUGUAUCAGGGUCGGAGGAUAAGACAGUCAGAAUCUGGGAUCCAGCCACAGGCCAGAGCGUGUCCGCUCUCGAGGUCCAUAGUCGUAUGAUCACGUCGAUUGCCUGGUUGCCUGAUGGAAGCCGACUUGCAUCAGCGUCGGAUGAUAAUACAGUCAGGAUCUGGGAUCCAGCCACGAACCAGAGUGUGUCAACUAUCCCUAUCAACACUAUAACUUCUCUUGAAUUCGAUAAAGCUGAUAUCAAUCGCCUGCACACAAAUGUUGGUACAUUUGAGAACCAGAAGGCCCGACAGUCACGUGCGUUUCCCAAUACCCCAGCAACCCCCAAGACUCUUGAGAAAGGUAUUUUCAUCUGCUUACUGAGCAGAGGGAUGGCCGAAGCCGCUGAGUGUAGCAAGCGCUCAAUCAUUCAUAUUCGCAAGAAUCUUCGCCUGUUCGGAAAUGUCAGAGCUCCCCCAACCCGUGUCGGCCGGCGGCGUAGCACCACGCCCCCGAUGAUCCAGACAUUGUGUGACCAUCUUCUCGAGAAGCCCGGAAGCAAAACGCCGAUUUGCGAGAUUUCUACCUACACAAUUUAUCGGACUUUAAAUCCUAUCAUCUGGUGCCUGACGCUAUUGCAGAUAUCUAAAUUCCACCGUGACCAGCGAUACCAGAUCCUGUUUGUAUACGCACAGGACGGCAUUGUCCUCUCUUGUGUUUUCCAAGGCUCUACUAAUGCGGCCCUGUUCGAAGACUUUAUUGAGCAGCUUCUAAAGUAUUGUGGAAGGUGGCCUGAACCAAAAUCGGUCGUCGUCAUGGACAAUGCAUCAUUCUACCAUUCUGACCGCAUCAAAGGGAUGUGUGUCACUGCUGGAGUAAAGUUAAUGUAUUUGCCGUCUUAUUCGCCAGAUUUGAAUCCUAUUGAGGAGUUCUUCUCCGAGCUGAAGGUAUUUAUCAGGUGCUUCUGGCGGAAAUAUAAACAGAGCCCGGAGUAA